CUAAUGCGGGCGUAAUGGGUGGCGUCAGUGGCGGUGGCGAUAGUAACAGCAACAGCAGUACAACCAACGAAGGUACUACUAUCGGAGAUGGUGGCGGACCGGGCCUGAUCGGUGGCAUGGUGGCCACCGAUCCGAACUGGAAGCACCCGAACGGGGGUGCCACGCCAGGCAACAACAGCAACAACGGCGGCGGCAGCAGUAGCAACAUCAGCAACAAUAGUAGUAGUAACGCGAGCAAUACGAGCAUCAAGUCACCGCUCGAUCAUCAUCAGCAGCAGCAGCAGCAGCAGCAGCAUCAUCAUUUGCAUCACGAUCUACUCGUUGGUGGAACAGGUGAUCUACAUCACACCACGACGAAGCAUUCGGUUUUUGAUCAGAAGCAGCAAUUGAUCGACAAGAAUAAUACGGAUCCAGGAGGAGGUGGUUCGCCCGGGUUGGACCUUGGCGGUAAACCACCCGGCGGCAAGAUGGGCAAAUCGUCCGCUUCCUCGUCGCCUUCAUCCGGUGGUUCACCGUCCGGUAGCAAAGGAUCGAAGGCCAAAGGCGACAAGCAUGGGAAACAAUCCAAGAGUGGUCAGCAUCAGCAACAGCAGCAGCAGCAGCAGCAUCAUCACCAUCAUCUCGAUCUAAAUCAAGCGCACGAUCCGAGUAAGGGAGGAUACUCGAGCUCCAGCGCGAGCUUUAUGCAUCACGAUCUCCAGCAGCAGCAACAGCAGUACGCGGGGCACCUGAAUCAAACAUAUCCUGGAUCGGGUUCGACAACACCGAACGGUGGCAUUGUUGGCCAUGGGCAGCAGUCACUGAUGGCUGGUGGAAGCGGCGUUUACUCACCAGCGGCCAGCGGUGGUUCAAUGAUGCUCGAUGGCAAAUCGGCGUCGGGUGGUCUCCUGCUCGAUGACAAAUCUUCGCUGAAUCGCUUCCGCCAUGAUCAGCUCUCGAGUGGAUUCUCUACCAGCCAUCUUCAGCAGCAACAGCAGCAGGCGGGAGGAUUCCAUCAUCCGACCGGUCAGAGCGGAGGAAGUAGCGGCAGCAGCAGCUACGGUCUGAUGUCGGUGAAGAAGGAACCGGGCCUCAUGCUGGACGAGGGCUCAUCCCAGUCAACGUCCCAGUCACUGACCGGUGGUGGUGGUGGUGGUGGCAGCAGUAGCACCAGCACCAAGUUCGAUGGCAGCGGAGGCUACGAGAAGAACUAUCAGAACUUUAUCCGCUACGGUGAUUACGGCAGUGGCUGCGGAACGGAUGGGCAAACACAAUCACAGAUCGGUCAGACAAAGUCGUCCGCAACGGAUUACAACAGUUACUACUCACCGUACGGGAGUUACUCGAGUUAUGGUAGUGGCCAGAACUAUCCGAACUAUCACAACCAAACGACGGCAUUCGGGACUGGUAGCUCGGGGGCAGUCGGUGGUACAGACUCCUCGGUACUCCUGCCAUCGGCCAUCACACCGACACCGAUCGUACAUCAGACCAACUUUGAGCAACAGAUCCCGGCGCACACGUAUCCAAUCCCGAAGAACAACGGCCUCUUACCGGGCGAUCAGUUACCGAUCAAGCUGGAAACGGAUGAUACCGGGGCGUACCUCGGUGGGGCAACGGGAGAUCAAGGGCUGGGGGGUGUUGUACCACCGUCAGUGAACGAACAGGAUCCGGUAGCACCACCAUCGACGGCCACAGCAUCCGGUACGAGCACGACAACCACCAACACAACCACCAGCAGCAGUAACAGUACGGCUGGGAGCGGGACCAGUGGUGGUAGCAGUAAGUCCAAGUCGAAAAAGGGUGAAAAGAAGGACAAAUCCAAGGACAAUCACGCCGGUCACGACGGUGAGAGUAAAACAGAAGGCAGCACCGGAGGCAGCACCUCUUCCAAGGGUGGUGGCAGCAAGAGCAAGAAAGACUCGAAGAGUAGCGUCAAGAAGGAACCGAUGGAUCCGGCCCUGAAAGCCGACGAGGACAAGCUGGAGAAAUCGCACAAACCGGAAGCACCGGAUUGUGAUUGUUUUAGUGGCGGUACGGAAAAGGCUCCAUCGGAACCGGGCAGCUACUAUACGCAUCUUGGUUGCGCUGCUACACUGGAAGAGCUACGGCGAGAGACUGAGACCCGCGUUGGGUUAACCGGAAAGCAGCUGCGCAUCGAGAAGGUGGUGUACACGGGCAAGGAGGGCAAAUCGAGCCAGGGCUGCCCGAUCGCCAAGUGGGUGAUCCGGCGGAUCGACCAGGAGGAGAAGCUGCUGUUCGUGGUGAAGCGCCGGCAAGGGCACCGGUGUAAGGCAUCGUACAUCGUGAUUUGUAUCGUGGUUUGGGACGGAAUACCGACGCACGAAGCGGACAGCGUCUACCGGAUGCUGACGGUGAAGCUGAACAAGUUCGGGCUGCCGACCGUACGGCGGUGUGCCACGAACGAGAACCGCACCUGCGCUUGUCAAGGACUCGAUCCGGAAUCGUGCGGCGUUUCGUACAGCUUCGGUUGCAGCUGGUCCAUGUACUACAAUGGCUGCAAGUACGCCCGCUCCAAGACGGUGCGCAAGUUCCGGCUGUCGGUGAAGAACGAAGAAGCGGAGAUCGAGGAGCGGAUGAACGUGCUGGCGACGAUGCUGAGCCCACUGUACGUGACCGUCGCCCCGCAAGCCUUCCAGAACCAGGUGCAGUACGAACGGGAGGCCCCGGACUGUCGGUUAGGCCUCAAACCAGGCAAACCUUUCUCAGGUGUCACGUGCUGUUUGGACUUUUGUGCCCACACCCAUCGCGAUCUGCACAACAUGCAGGACGGGUGUACGGUGCAGGUGACGCUACUGAAACCACUACCACCGGGUGUGAAACCGGAGGAUGAACAACUGCACGUUCUGCCACUCUACACGAUGGACACGACGGACGAGUUCGACAGCGAGGAAGGCCAGAAGCGCAAGCACGAAACGGGCGCCGUGCAGGUGCUGGAGAAGUUCCAGACGGAAGUUCGCGUACGUUCGACACCACUCCAACCGUGCCGACGGCACGGGAAGAAGCGGGGCAACGGGAAGGACGAAAAGUCGGGCAAAGAUGGUGCCGGAUCGGAUGGUGGUGGAUCGGCAGCACCGGAAACACCGCCACCACCACCACCACCGACCAAGAAGGAGAGCAAAUCGAAGAGCAAAAAAUCAUCCUCAUCAUCGUCGUCUUCCGCGUCGGCCGCAGCAGGAGCGGCAUCGGGAGCACCGAAUGGAACGACCGAUGUAGCAUCGCCCGGUGGCUCCGGUAGCCAGACAUCCGGUGCCGGUGGUUCAAUCGGUGGAGGUUCACCGAGAGCCCUAACACCGGGCAGUGGUCCCAAGGCGGGCGCUGGGAGCGGAAAGACGAUCGGUGUUGGACCAGCGUCUGGAAACGGUGCUGGUGGUUCACUGGCAGCUGGCGGAGUUGGUGGCGUACUGGCCGAUAAAGCCUCCCCAAUGCACGGUGUCGGUGGUGGUGGCGGUCUGGGAGCAGCUCUUCAGCCAGUUGGUGUUGGUGUGGCGGGUAACAACACGAGCGCUUUCACGGCACCGAACGCAGCCGGAACACUCAACUCACCGAAUGCGGCGGGCGCUACCAACAGUACGCUGAUCGAUAUGGCAUCGAUGAUUGACAACUUUACCGAUGCGCAGCUCCAAUCGAACCAGAUCUCGAGCACGGUACUCGAUUCACCGUACAGUUACGACUACAACACGGGCCAGUACAUUGAUAACCGGCAGUACUACAACAACUGGCCGACGGAUUACUACGGGAAUCCGCGCGGUGAUCCUAAGCUCGGGAUUGGGAGGAACGAGGAGAUCCCGGAUACGACGACAAGGCCAGGGAGCAACAGUAGCAACUCGGCGUUCAGUCCUAGCAUUCCGGAUCCGACGAAAACACCGACCCCGAUCCAUAUGGAUGAUUAUGGGAAUACGGCAGCGACGAAGCUUGGUGCGGGGCAGCAUCAACAUCAGCAUGGCCAGCAGCAACAUCAAUCGCAACAGCAGCAGCAGCAACAACAUCAGUCGCAGCAACAGCAACAAUCGCAAAACACGUACCAUACGCUGCAGCAACCGGAACAGGGCUUUGUGAAGCCAAAGCCACCGGAUUAUAAUCCCGCUGGGUACGGUUACCAUCAUCCGAAUGCGACACCGAUGGGUUACGGUUAUCAUCAUCAUCAUCAUCCACCGUACCACCACCACCAUCACACACCGUACGAUCCGUAUCAGAACUACAACUACGGGUAUCCACCGCAAAGCUACCAUCACCACGCAGCGGCCACAUAUCACAACAUGUACCCAUCGGCAGCGGCCGCUGCAGCACAGACACAGCUAGCGGGCACUGGACCGGCACCACCGCCACCACCGACGGCGGUUAUACCGGCACCACCACCACCCUCGAACUGGAACCUUUAUCCACCGCAUCUGGGCACGACGCCAACGCAGCUCCACGUGGCCGCAGCGACCGGUGGUGGAGUGACGGCAGCGGCAUCGGCAGCAGCUGCAGCAGCAGCCGCAGCAGCCGCCGCUGCCAUCCAUCAUCAACCACAUCUCGGAAAAGGUGUUGGCUCGGAAUCGGGAGCAAGUGGUGGCGCCAGUGGCACUGGUUCCGCCAUCGUACCACCCGGUGUACCGAAAGAGACGCUCGGUGAGGUGACGGAAACGAACGAGAAUGUGGACUGUUUCGAGGAUCCGCAGAUGGGAGGGGUGGCGAUUGCGUUGCCCCACGGUAGUGUCAUCAUCGAGUGCGCUAAGCUGGAGAUGCACUCGACGACGGCGGUGAAGAAACCGAACCGAUUGAAUCCGACGCGGAUGACGCUCAUCUUCUACCAGCAUCGGAACCUGAACCGACCGAAGCACGGUAUCGCGGAGUGGGCGGAGAAGAUGCGACUGAAGAAGUUGGGCAUUCCGACGAAUGAUCCGAUCGACGAUAAGGAUAUGCUGCUGGAGGAUGACAUUAAGGCGGAGCCGCUCGAUGAGCAUCUGCAUCAUAUGCGGCACCAUAUGGGUGAUGAACAUGAUAUGAUGGACGUGGAGUAUCCGGGUGUCUAGUGGUGAGAGAAGGAUCUGCCAUCGAGGCGGACGCUGGAUGAGCAGAUCGGAGACCCCGCCGAGGAGCAACCGAAAGACGGUAAACCACCUGCGGCUACCACG